UGCGCAGACCCGUUACAGAAUGAUGUAGAAAGCUUUCGCUUCGGCACUAACACGGUUUUAACAAUAACGUUAUUCUGUUGCAAAAUUGCCUGGUUCCUCUUUUCCUGUCACGGAGGAAAUCGCGGAAUCGUCUGUUACAUUCAUGGGACCUUGCAAAAUCCUUUACUUUUUUUUGGUUAUGAUUUUUUGAAGUUUUGCCCUCGGAGCCAAAUCUCAUCACUUUUGUGAAACUGGGUAUGAGUUUUCUAUGCCUCACCAACUGCUUACUUUUCACCGGAUUGGGUUGACAUUUUCACCGAACAUCCAAGAAGCCGUGAUGACCUGGAUGGUGCCAUGUGAAUGACUGAAGACCAUGAAGCCCACACACAAGCUGCUGUUCAUCCUGUGCCCCAUGCUGGUCCUUGGCUUUAUUUACUACUCUUCCGGGAAGCUACAUCUACACGUAUGGGGCCAGAAGCCUCAGAGUGAUGCAGAAGAGACAACUGUAGUCCUGACUAAAGGGGCUGAAGUGAAAAGAAUUACAGAGGUGGAACCAGACAUCAGCGUGGGACGAAUAGUAGGCUCAGUGUAUGAUAAGCAGGGCUUUCUGCUGCAACUUGACACAAAACUGCCACUGGAAUUGGCAUACAAGUAUGGCAACCUCAGUGAAGGAGUGUGCAAGCCAGGAUAUGCAGCAGCCAAGAUGACCACCAUCUAUCCUAAGUUCAUGAAACCAGCGCCCAUGUUUCUUGAUCGGAACUUCAAACGUCUAGCAAAAGUCAGCAAUUACUUACCUCCAUUUGGUUUUAAAACGCAAGAGAGAAUCAUAGACAGCAUUUUAACUGCUGCGAAAAAUUACGGACUUGGAGAGGAGCUGGACAGUCUCAGCUGUAAAAGAUGCGUCAUCGUGGGCAACGGGGGCAUCCUGUCCAACAAGUCUUUGGGCUCCCGUAUAGAUGACUACGAUGUUGUAGUGAGGUUGAAUGAGGCACCAGUAAGUGGUUAUGGCAGAGAUGUAGGGACCAAAACCACCAUGAGGAUUACCUAUCCAGAGGGAGCUAUCCAGAAGCCUGAAAACUAUGAAAAAGACUCUCUUUUUGUUUUUUCUGCUUUCAAACCACUGGAUUUCAAGUGGCUCAGACAGAUGGUUUUCAAGGAGAAACUGAGGGGUACAGAGGGUUUUUGGAAGUCGGUGGCUCACUAUGUGCCUCGGGAGCCGACCGAGAUGAGAAUCCUGAACCCUUACUUCAUCCAGGAGGCUGCCUUCCAGUUCAUUGGCCUGCCCUUCAACAAUGGCCUCAUGGGCAAAGGGAACAUUCCAACUUUAGGAACAGUUGCUAUAACGAUGGCACUGCAUAACUGUGAUGAGGUGGCGGUGGCAGGAUUCGGCUACGACAUGAACACUCCCCACGCACCUCUGCACUACUAUGAGACUGUCAAGAUGUCUGCCAUAAAAGAGUCAUGGACACACAACAUAUCCAAGGAGAAGGAGUUCCUCCGCAAGCUGGUGAAGGCCAACGUCAUCACAGACCUGACCAACGGUAUCUGAGUUUACAACUCACCCACAGUCUCCCUCUAUUUUUCCCAAAGGACUACAAAACAGGAAGCAGGAAAAUCGAUCAACCCAUGGAGAGAGAGCCCUUAGAAUCCAGGUGGCCUGCACACCUGUCGGGGGUUUUUAUAUCAAAGGAUAUUAUUUAAAAAAAAAAAAAAAAAGAUACAGGAGGGUUUCCAUGGAGAGAUGCACACAUGUGCCUUCUGAACCAAAGACUCCUGCUGAUUGAAGCGGGGGUGGCGAGGGGACCUGGGGAGGACUGAAUCUGCCUGGUUCCUGUCUCAUCAUUAGACAGUUGCAGAAAAGCUCCGCUGGCCCCACGUUUCAAAGUUUACCACUUCAAACCCCGGAGUACCACAUGAUUUAAUAGUAAAAGCAGAGGUCACAUGUUGACAUGCAGAUGUCAGGGGUUUAGCUUGACUUACUGGCUAACUUGAUGAAGGGACAGAAGAGAAAGGAAUGAAAAGAGGACUGUCACAGAGAUUGUGCGGGGAUGGGUUGAGUAUUAGCAGUGCCAAACGUACCUCGUACAGGGGAGAGGUCGCCCUCCUCUCCUUUUGCUGCCUGAAUGUAUUCACUUUCCUCAGUGUAAAUAUCAAAGAUUUUUACUGUGCUUUUUAACAGGCUGCAGCAGCCCCCACACCCCCACCCUUCACCUGCCAUUUGUCCAUUCAUUCAUUCACUUUUUUACUAUCUGUCCAGGGUCCAAAAUUAACACUUACCAGAUUACAGCAUAUAAAUAUGUGAGGGUCACCUGCGACACAGACUUGUGUCAAUUUUAGACACUAACAUUAGUGUUUAAUUCAUCUACCGACUUCUGUUUUUGAGGUUUUCUCUGUAAAGUCUGUAGAAGAAUUUCUAUCAGUGACACAAUAACCAGGUGCUUGUUAAUCUGGCUCUACACAGAGUGGUUGUGUGUGUUUUCUGAUGUCUGGAUGGUUAGUUAUCCCCAUGUGGCUGCUCACAUCAGGUGAGAGGCCACCAAAAAGAAAAAAAUAAAGACUAAUACAGAUAAAUUACUUCAGAGUGUUCAAUUAAAACUCUAAAUUUCCUGGUUUUAAUGAUGAUUUUAGCUUUUAAGCUUCUCUACACUACAAUCCAUUGAAAGCAUGCAUUAGGACACUUAUGUUAAAUUUUGAUCAAUCAAAACUAUUUUUGACUCUUAUUUUCUUAAAUUAACCAGGUCUGGCAGGUGAGCCCUGAAGUAAAAUUCAGACACUGCAUCUUUCCUUCUCCUCUUUGUCUGUUUGCAAAUCCUUCUUCCUCUCGUUUCAUUCAUGUCUCAGUACUGUCUUCAUCGCUUCAUCCGCUGUGAGCCUUCAAGCCGCAGUGGUGAUAUACAGCACUGUAACGUGUCCUGUCCUGGUCAAGGAGACCAGAGACUGUAUGUCGGAUCCCUUCCCCAACCUCCUGUUGCUGCAGACUUUCUUGUUCUUCAGUAAAUGGUGAAAUCUCAGACUGUAGAAUAUAAAUAUAUAUAUUUUUGUUUUUAGGUUAAUUUUAGUAAUUUAUUUUGUUACACAGUCCCAAUGUUUUGGUCACAGGCAGGCCUGCUUUCCAUUGUAUUUGUUAAGAGAGAACACAAAAGUUUGAAUUUGUGUUUCAAUUUCACCGCCGUGUGCUUCCUCUUAGACUGCAUCUUUAAAUUUCAUGGCAGAAGCAGUGUUGUGAUUGAAUCCACUGAUGAAUCUGUUUUUUAAUUGGCUUAGUGUUAAAUGUCAGCAGCUCUUUAUUUCUCUGUCAUGCAGCGUACAUUAACAUAAUUUCUUAAAAUAUCUUAAAAUUUCUGAGGUGAUAAUUGCCAAGAUCGUAAAUUAGCAUCACAUGUGCUGAUCAGAACCUUUGCACUCUGCAGAUGAAGGUUUUGCCACACGCUUUUCAGUAUUUAUAUACUGCAUUAACAUACAACAGAAAGUGUUCAGUAUUACACAAUCAAACAUUUUGCUUUUUCUUUUUCUUCCUUCCCUCAAAAAAAUUGUCAGAAUGUCAAAAUGUCACAUGUUUGCUCAUCAUUUUAUCAUAUGUAUGCAAAAAUCAGCUUUAUAUAGUGAUGGUGCAUUUUAAAAACUUUUUUUUUUUUUUGGUUAAACUUCUGAUUAUUCCUUGGAAGUGCUCAUUUACUGUAUAUUGUAGUCAUAGAGGUUCACUUCCAAUACUCUCAAUCAGUAAGCUGCUGUUUAUACAUCUGUUACAUUGCUCCAUCACAUGUUCCUUUUCUUGAUUAAGUUUCCCAAAGCACUGCUGGGAUCGUCCAGCCACAUGUCCAGCCCAGUCCCUUCAGAACAGUUCCACUGGGUUUGAAGGAAUGGAUCCUUAUUUUGGGAAACUAGGCCCUGUUUGGGACUUUUUUAAUUGUUUUUUUUCCUGAGAGCUAGCGCACAGGGAACAGCUGACCAUUGCAGUAUCACGAGGCGCUCUCAGUGCCUUACACCUCAUCACCUGGAAACUGUAGCGGGGAGCUUGACGCAGGAAAGUAACUGCAGCCGAUUCAGUAUGUAGGAUCAGUUCCAGGUCAGGACAGGUCACUCCUCAUGUGUCAUUUGGGACCAGUCCAUUUCGUAUCUGUACUGUAUGUACAUUAUAUACAGUCUAGGGGGGACUUAAAGCCCCAUACUGGCGGUCUUGUAUUAUUUAGCCCAUAAACUACAUAUUCACCGGAGGGGAGGCAGGAACCAGUGUUUUCAGAAGUUGAUCCAUACUAAUGACUUAAACUCGGGAUAUCUCGACCUCUGCUGCUCCAGUUUUUUUUAAAAUCUGUCUCUUGUACGUCCCCCAGCUUUAUGGAGGUGCAAUGCUAAAUCACUGGUGCACCACAUUAAUGCUUGAAUGUUAGAACAUCCUUGAAUGCGCCAGCAAGGAGAGUUUGAAAAUGGUCCCUACUGACUGCCACAGCAUCAUAUCAUGAUAACUUGGACAUAAAAUAAAGGCAAUUGUCACAGAUGAUGUAUCACAAACGAGGUAGAUUUGAGGGUAGACUUUUUUAUAGCGUACUGAAUCAUUGGAAACCAGUGGUAGCUUGGACGGCAGAUCUAAAAUCUUCAGAGUAUGUAGUGGAAAAUGGAUAUCAAUAAUGUAAAACGUGUGCAAUGUGUGCUCAGCGGGCUAAAAGACGCCAAGCCAACAGUAUGGUCCUUAAAGCUUUGAGACUAAGCAGAUCCAGAGAAGAAGUGAGCCCUUUUUUUUGUCUUUUUUUUUGUUUUUCUUUCUUACAGUGGGUUUAAACUUUUACAAAAGCUAGAGGAGCUCAAAUGGAUCGCCUCUUCUAAUAACCUCCUCAUAAUAAAGCAGAAUGUAUUAGCUCAUCAUAUUUAUAAACCUUUUGAUUGUUUUUUUUUUUUUUUUCACCACCUUUCACCAUCAUCAUUUGGAGGUCAAAGUGAUCAAAAGUAUUACUGUUUGUUUUUAUAUACAUAUAUAUAUAGAGAGAGAUAUAUAUAUAUAUACACGUGUGUGUGUGUGUGUGUGUAUAUAUAUCUCUCUAUAUAUAUAGAUAUAUAUAGAUAUAUAGAUAUAUAUAAAUGGCUUUCUGCAACUCAAUAAAUAAGUUUGUAAUGGAUAUUUGCCUGUGCAUGUUUGCAUCUUUUGAUUCUGUGGAGCAACUGGAAAUAUUUUUCCCCAACAGCUCAACGGGGA